AUGAAAUUGUUCCACUCUACACUGCUGCUUUCCAUAAACACCACUGAGGAUCAUGGUGAGAGUGCAGCAGGUACAGUGGAGAAUGAUGGGAAGUCGAGUUUCUUCUGUCAGCUGUGUGAAAAACAGUACCUGAGACACCAGGAGUAUGACAACCAUAUCAACUCCUAUGACCACGCACACAGACAGAGACUGAAGGAGUUGAAGCAGAGGGAGUUUGCUCGGAACGUUGCGUCUAAGUCGUGGAAGGACGACCGCAAGCAGGAGAGAGCUCUGAGACACCUGCACCAACUAGCACUGCUACGACAACAGACACACAGGGUACCAGGCCAGGUUGUUAGGUUCCGAGGGACAGUGAGAGCUGAGAUCCAGCAUUCAGAGAGACACUGUGGAGAGAGAGACAACAGACCAGGGGACUGCCAUGUCCCCUUGACCCAAACAGGGUUAAUCCAAACCACAGAGAACUCCCAGCGACCCGCUGUUACCCUACCUCUAACCCAGCCCCAGACCAUCCCUCUCAGCCUCCAGGGAGAGGACUCCCCCCAUCUCCAGACCAAGCCUCUCUCCAACUCCCAGCCCCAGCAGCCAGAGGAUCCUACCCACAUACCCAUCUUCCCUGGAGGGCCCUUCCAAGCAUCCCCACCCCUAGCCUUGCAUUCCAGAUGUGGAUCUUCUCUGGAGAAUCCCCAGCCUCGCCUGAACAGCUCUCCCCAGGACCCUGCCUUUCCUUGGGGCAGAGACAGAGGAAGGGUGGGGGUCUCCUUCUGUUUCUCCAGGAGGGGCCCGAGGCUAGAGCCAUCUGCCUCUGUCUUCUCAGACCAUCAAGAGGAGGAGGGGAGAGGAGGAGGAGGAGGGCAGAUGAAGGAGAAGGGAAGGGGAGGAGAUGAGCUACGGCUGCGUCACCCAGACAACCUGUUAAUAGGGCAACCAACCAACAGCCUUCACCCCGGAAACAAGACAGAACCCUCAGGCGGGGAAGAGGGGGAGGAGAGAAGAGAGAAGAGAGGAGGGGAGGAGAGAGACAGGUUCUCUGCUAGCCAUGACCCAGGCUGUCCUACCCACAACGGCAGACUGAGAGAAACAGACCAGAGCCCUGAACACGGGACAGCAGAUAAGAGGGAGGAGGGGGAAGAGAGGGAGGAGAGGAACAGGGGUACAGAGCACAGACAACAGGGCCAUGAGGUGAAUCAGACUCCUAUGUCUGACUCCUAUCUCCAUGUGGUUGCCAGAGACGGAUCCACCCGUCUGAGAUGGCCAGUAYAACUGCUGCAGUUUACCACAGCCAAACCACACCUCUCCUACAGCUGUAAGCCCACACACUGGCAACCCCACACCAACCCACUACACUGUAACUCUGAACACAACCACAACCACUGUCAAACCAAGUCACACUGUAACCACUCAGCAAGCCAGCAGGAGACAGAGACACACACAGAAGAGUCCAACUCCCUCAUGUUCCCUAGCUCCCAGCCUCCUCCUCYGGACACAGAAAAUGUAGAAUCCAAUACAGAUCUAUAUACAGAGACAGGCGGGACAGAUGAGGGAGCCACACACUCAUCAUCCUGUCACGUUGUAGAGAAGACAGAAGCACAUGGAGUGACAGCAGCCUUCCAGGCAGAAGCAACAGUGCCAGAGAYUGGAGGUGAAUCUGGGUUCAGAUMGCACCACCCCCUCUUCGGGAARGGUGACCCCCUURGCGGUGACAACACUCACACAAACCCCCACAAUCCCCAYYGAGGCAGAUUAGGAGGACAUGUGAMACAGGAGAGAGAWCYAGCCYUCAGAACCCCCAGGCCUAAAUUAGAGGCUGUCAUCCAGCCRRGRGCRGCCACAGAGGCCUCACAGGAGUCACAGUAG